AUGAAUGAAAACGGCAAUAACCGAAGGGAAAAAUCGACCUCGCCCCUGUCCCCACGCCCAUCCACGAACCAAGAAGCUGUCGCAGAGAAUAGCGGUAGUUCUUUGAAUCUAACUGCUGACUCGCAACAGCAAGGUAGUGGUAUUACGGACGGUAGAGGUAAUUCAGUGAGUGGUAGCCCGACCAGCGGUGUUUCAAUGGAGAGAACCAUGGCCUGCCGCGGCUACUCUUACCACGAGCAUCUUUCUUCUGCUGCUAGACCUUUGCAACAAUGCUCGUGUGGCUUCACUCCCCGGCGUAUUUCUACGGGUGGUAUGGCAAUGGGCGGUGUUUCCAUGGAGAGAACACAAGGCUGCCGCGGCUACUCUUAUCACAGGCGAUAUACAGAUUGCCCUUGUGGUAGGGAAUAA